AUGGCGGCAACGUUGCUUGGUCAGCUUCCAUUGUGGAUCUUUGCCACGUUGCUGACGUGGGCCGUGUGCUGGUUUGCUGUCGCGCCGGUGUACUGCCAGGAUGAGCCGACCUGCGCAAAACAAUUGAAGACCUACCCGCGCUACUACCACCUUGUGUCUACCGCCGCUUUGAUUGCAAUGUGUGGGCAUGAGGUCAUGGGCUUGAUCGCCACCUACAUGGGAGCGCAGCAAACGCAAGCCUUGAUCCCGCACUUGAAGAGCCGGUGCCUGCCCAGUUUCCUGCUGGCACUGAUGUUCGGAGUGCUGGCCACGGCUGAGCGGGGCUUCUCGCGAUCUGAGUGGACCGUUGCGCAUGUGAUGCCCAGCGCGGACGGCCUGACAGCCGCCGGCCGGCCAGUAUACACCAUGCAGUACAUGGAGUGGGGCAUCAACGUGCCCAUUCUUUUCAUCUUGUCGGGCUACUGCAGCCUUGGCCGGCCCAUCUCCGAGAUCUCUCGCCCGCUGGUGGUGACCAACAUUUACGUGAUCUUUUGCUGGGCGGCCACUGCCACGGACUCAGGGCUCCUGAAGUGGCUGCUGAUCGCGGUGUCAUUCGCCAUGUACGCCUGGGCCUCUGUGGACAUGCUGGGUUGGGUCAGCGAGUUCGAGCGUGCGGCGCCCCGGGACUUGCCCAGCCGCAGCAUCCGGCCGUGGCUGUCCAACGGCCUGAUCUUGCACUUCAUGCUCUACGGCGUGGUGUACAUGUCCUCGGUGAUGGGGCUCAUUGAUGCCCAGACCGAGCGCAAGGGCUUCUUCGUGCUGACCUUCGGGGCUAAGAUCGCGUACUGCGCGGCCUUCGUGUUCAUCCGAGCGGACGAGUACCACAAGACCCUGACCGACGUGCUGCGCAAGGUGAGCGUCUCCAACGUCGGCAUGAUCUCCAUCCUGCGCGGAAGCUUCGACAUCAUCCUCCCGUGCGUGCUGGAUGGGGCCGGGCGCUGCAAGCUGCCGCCCCAGAUCUCCGGGGACAUGGAGAAGUUGGAGAAGAUCUUGGGCUGCCACGUGGCGGGCGCCAACCUGAAGGACCUGCUGGCCGGAGAGGAGGACCGGGCCGAUUUCUCGGCCUACGUCCGCAACGUGGUGCGCCAGGCCGACAGCCCCCAAGCCUUCAGCGAGGCGACGCUGACCACCGGCGGCGUGUGGUCCUGCGGUGCGUCCAUGCCGCCCAUCGCGCAGGUCUUGCACAGCAAGAUGAAGGCCAAGGGCCCGCAGAUGAAUGCGACGCUGCACCUGUCCGUGGUGCCGCGCUCGGCCGUGAGCAUGGGAAAGGAGCGGCACCUGGUGGCGGCCAUCCAGUUCUCGGCGACGGUGCCGGAGGACAAGGAGGCGGAUCUGGGGACAGGCUUUGAGAGCUUCAAGCACGAUGAUGCCUACGCCUCCACGGGCGGCUCCACACAUCCCCCCACGGACUCCGGGUCUUCCGGCAUCGUGGCGAACCUCGGGGCGUCUGGCACUCUCAACAAGCUCGGGGCGUCUGCUCUUCUGCACGGCUCGGCUUGGGCGCGGAGCGCAGGCCGCUUCCGCAUGAACUGCUCCACGGAGCCCCCAAUUCAUCGAGGUGCUGCAGCUCUCGAGAUCUUCGAGGACGGCCGUCUGCAUGCGGACGGGCGUCAGCACCUGGGGCGCCUUGACCACCAUGCCGACCAUGCCCAAGAUCGCCGCGAUCGCCUGGAGGCAAGCGCCGGCGUCUUGGCCGAGUUCAGCCGCAACUCCACCGAGGACGGACCCAGUGGGGGACGGGACGACGUAUGGCUGACGUUUCGUGACGUAUGCUUGUGCCGAGUGAUGCCAUGUCAGGAGCCACCCCAGAAGCCUGCCCAGAUCGCCCAGAUUGCCGAGAAGCCUGCCCAGAAGCUGAGUGGAGUGGUGAAUUGGGUGGAGGAGAAGCUCGGAUCGCCACGUCGCUUUGAGAAGCCAGCAGUGGCGGCGUCAGCCGCCCUGGCCCUGACCAGCGUGAUCCUUGAAUCGCUCCGAGUUUCUGCUCUGACGGGUGUACGGCUGUACGCUUGUCCGAGCAUUGUGGCCUUGCGCCUGGCAAGACUUCCAUUGUGGAUCUUUGCCACGUUGCUGACGUGGGCCGUGUGCUGGUUUGCUGUCGCGCCGGUGUACUGCCAGGAUGAGCCGACCUGCGCCAAACAAUUGAAGACCUACCCGCGCUACUACCACCUUGUGUCUACCGCCGCUUUGAUUGCAAUGUGUGGGCAUGAGGUCAUUGGCUUGAUCGCCACCUACAUGGGAGCGCAGCAAACGCAAGCCUUGAUCCCGCACUUGAAGAGCCGGUGCCUGCCCAGUUUCCUGCUGGCACUGAUGUUCGGAGUGCUGGCCACGGCUGAGCGGGGCUUCUCGCGAUCUGAGUGGACCGUUGCGCAUGUGAUGCCCAGCGCGGACGGCCUGACAGCCGCCGGCCGGCCAGUAUACACCAUGCAGUACAUGGAGUGGGGCAUCAACGUGCCCAUUCUUUUCAUCUUGUCGGGCUACUGCAGCCUUGGCCGGCCCAUCUCGGAGAUCUCUCGCCCGCUGGUGGUGACCAACAUUUACGUGAUCUUUUGCUGGGCGGCCACUGCCACGGACUCAGGGCUCCUGAAGUGGCUGCUGAUCGCGGUGUCAUUCGCCAUGUACGCCUGGGCCUCUGUGGACAUGCUGCUGGUCAGCGAGUUCGAGCGUGCGGCGCCCCGGGACUUGCCCAGCCGCAGCAUCCGGCCGUGGCUGUCCAACGGCCUGAUCUUGCACUUCAUGCUCUACGGCGUGGUGUACAUGUCCUCGGUGAUGGGGCUCAUUGAUGCCCAGACCGAGCGCAAGGGCUUCUUCGUGCUGACCUUCGGGGCUAAGAUCGCGUACUGCGCGGCCUUCGUGUUCAUCCGAGCGGACGAGUACCACAAGACCCUGACCGACGUGCUGCGCAAGGUGAGCGUCUCCAACGUCGGCAUGAUCUCCAUCCUGCGCGGAAGCUUCGACAUCAUCCUCCCGUGCGUGCUGGAUGGGGCCGGGCGCUGCAAGCUGCCGCCCCAGAUCUCCGGGGACAUGGAGAAGUUGGAGAAGAUCUUGGGCUGCCACGUGGCGGGCGCCAACCUGAAGGACCUGCUGGCCGGAGAGGAGGACCGGGCCGAUUUCUCGGCCUACGUCCGCAACGUGGUGCGCCAGGCCGACAGCCCCCAAGCCUUCAGCGAGGCGACGCUGACCACCGGCGGCGUGUGGUCCUGCGGUGCGUCCAUGCCGCCCAUCGCGCAGGUCUUGCACAGCAAGAUGAAGGCCAAGGGCCCGCAGAUGAAUGCGACGCUGCACCUGUCCGUGGUGCCGCGCUCGGCCGUGAGCAUGGGAAAGGAGCGGCACCUGGUGGCGGCCAUCCAGUUCUCGGCGACGGUGCCGGAGGACAAGGAGGCGGAUCUGGGGACAGGCUUUGAGAGCUUCAAGCACGAUGAUGCCUACGCCUCCACGGGCGGCUCCACACAUCCCCCCACGGACUCCGGGUCUUCCGGCAUCGUGGCGAACCUGGCGGACCUCAACAAGCUCGGGGCGUCUGCUCUUCUGCACGGCUCGGUGGAGGCAAGCGACACGGGCUCCAUGUACUGGGGACCCUCCAUGGUCUCAGACGAGACCAUGUCGCACCUGGGGGCCUUCAUGGAAAAGGCGGCCCUGGGAACGGUGGCCUUCGAUGCUCGCAUCGUGGGAGCUUGGGAGGGCACCACAAGCAAGGCCCUGGGCGCGUACAGCCAGCGCAUCGAGUUCCAGAACGACUGCAUCCAUGCGAGCAUCACCGUCAUGGGGCAGACCCUGGAGGGCCGCUUCCGCAUGAACUGCUCCACGGAGCCCUACCAAUUGGACAUCGAGGUGCUGCCCAAGGGCAGCAGCUGCCCGCCCCCUGCGAUCCCGUACAUCUUCAAGUUCCAGGACGGCCGUCUGCACCUCUGCGGCCCUGCGGACGGGCGCAUGCACCGGCCCAGCAACUUCGACGGCCCGGGCCUUUGCGUCAUGGACCGCGCGGGCGGAUUGACCACCAUGCCGACCAUGCCCAAGUCCGAUCGCCGCGAUCGACUGGAGACCCGCAGCGUGCGCAGCGCCGGCGUCUUUGAGCCGGACCCCGAGUUCAGCCGCAACUCCACCGAGGACGGACCCAGUGGGGGACGGGCGACGUAUGGUGACGAAACGCCGGCUUGCGCCAGCUUGUGCCGAGUGAUGCCAUGUCAGGAGCCACCCCAGAAGCCUGCCCAGAUCGCCCAGAUUGCCGAGAAGCCUGCCCAGAAAGCUGAGUGGCGUGGAGAAGCCAGCAGUGGCGGCGUUACCGACCUGGCCCUGACCACGAAAUCGCUCAGAGUUUCUGCUCUGACGCCCAGUACGGCUCUUCCAUUGUGGAUCUUUGCCACGUUGCUGACGUGGGCCGUGUGCUGGUUUGCUGUCGCGCCGGUGUACUGCCAGGAUGAGCCGACCUGCGCCAAACAAUUGAAGACCUACCCGCGCUACUACCACCUUGUGUCUACCGCCGCUUUGAUUGCAAUGUGUGGGCAUGAGGUCAUGGGCUUGAUCGCCACCUACAUGGGAGCGCAGCAAACGCAAGCCUUGAUCCCGCACUUGAAGAGCCGGUGCCUGCCCAGUUUCCUGCUGGCACUGAUGUUCGGAGUGCUGGCCACGGCUGAGCGGGGCUUCUCGCGAUCUGAGUGGACCGUUGCGCAUGUGAUGCCCAGCGCAGACGGCUUGACAGCCGCCGGCCGGCCAGUAUACACCAUGCAGUACAUGGAGUGGGGCAUCAACGUGCCCAUUCUUUUCAUCUUGUCGGGCUACUGCAGCCUCGGCCGGCCCAUCUCCGAGAUCUCUCGCCCGCUGGUGGUGACCAACAUUUACGUGAUCCUUUGCUGGGCGGCCACUGCCACGGACUCAGGGCUCCUGAAGUGGCUGCUGAUCGCGGUGUCAUUCGCCAUGUACGCCUGGGCCUCUGUGGACAUGCUGGGUUGGGUCAGCGAGUUCGAGCGUGCGGCGCCCCGGGACUUGCCCAGCCGCAGCAUCCGGCCGUGGCUGUCCAACGGCCUGAUCUUGCACUUCAUGCUCUACGGCGUGGUGUACAUGUCCUCGGUGAUGGGGCUCAUUGAUGCCCAGACCGAGCGCAAGGGCUUCUUCGUGCUGACCUUCGGGGCUAAGAUCGCGUACUGCGCGGCCUUCGUGUUCAUCCGAGCGGACGAGUACCACAAGACCCUGACCGACGUGCUGCGCAAGGUGAGCGUCUCCAACGUCGGCAUGAUCUCCAUCCUGCGCGGAAGCUUCGACAUCAUCCUCCCGUGCGUGCUGGAUGGGGCCGGGCGCUGCAAGCUGCCGCCCCAGAUCUCCGGGGACAUGGAGAAGUUGGAGAAGAUCUUGGGCUGCCACGUGGCGGGCGCCAACCUGAAGGACCUGCUGGCUGGAGAGGAGGACCGGGCCGAUUUCUCGGCCUACGUCCGCAACGUGGUGCGCCAGGCCGACAGCCCCCAAGCCUUCAGCGAGGCGACGCUGACCACCGGCGGCGUGUGGUCCUGCGGUGCGUCCAUGCCGCCCAUCGCGCAGGUCUUGCACAGCAAGAUGAAGGCCAAGGGCCCGCAGAUGAAUGCGACGCUGCACCUGUCCGUGGUGCCGCGCUCGGCCGUGAGCAUGGGAAAGGAGCGGCACCUGGUGGCGGCCAUCCAGUUCUCGGCGACGGUGCCGGAGGACAAGGAGGCGGAUCUGGGGACAGGCUUUGAGAGCUUCAAGCACGAUGAUGCCUACGCCGCAAGCGACACGGGCUCCAUGUACUGGGGACCCUCCAUGGUCUCAGACGAGACCAUGUCGCACCUGGGGGCCUUCAUGGAAAAGCGCCUGGGAACGGUGGCCUUCGAUGCUCGCUAUUGUGGAACGACAGCAUCCAUGCGAGCAUCCACCGUCAAGGGGCAGACCCUGGAGGGCCGCUUCCGCAUGAACUGCUCCACGGAGCCCUACCAAUUGGACAUCGAGGUGCUGCCCAAGGGCAGCAGCUGCCCGCCCCCUGCGAUCCCGUACAUCUUCAAGUUCCAGGACGGCCGUCUGCACCUCUGCGGCCCUGCGGACGGGCGCAUGCACCGGCCCAGCAACUUCGACGGCCCGGGCCUUUGCGUCAUGGACCGCGCGGGCGGAUUGACCACCAUGCCGACCAUGCCCAAGUCCGAUCGCCGCGAUCGCCUGGAGACCCGCAGCGUGCGCAGCGCCGGCGUCUUCGAGCCGGACCCCGAGUUCAGCCGCAACUCCACCGAGGAGCCACCCCAGAAGCCUGCCCAGAUCGCCCAGAUUGCCGAGAAGCCUGCCCAGAAGCUGAGUGGAGUGGUGAAUUGGGUGGAGGAGAAGCCAGCAGUGGCGGCGUCAGCCGCCCUGGCCCUGACCAGCGUGAUCCUUGCCCUGCGCAAGUCCCUCUGA